CUUAUGGUCAAUAUUCAACCACAACCCCCAACCCUCUCAAAACCCAACCUUCCAUAUCUCUUUCUCAGUUCUCUCAGCCAAUCCUAUCUAUAAAUUCUAAAAAACCUAUAAAGUUUUUUCUUCUUCUCAGUAAGAAAAGCUGGCAAACAUGAAAAAAAUGGCCAACAGCAAACAUCCCUUGUUGCAGUUUCUCCUUUUGGUUAUUUUUUUACUCAGUGCAGCAGCUUUUGUACAAGGUCAUUCUCAAAUUUCAAUUUCAUCAGUGUUCACUUUCCUAAUGAUGUGAAGUACUUACACGUUGUACAAUUUGCAGGGUCUAGAAGUUCGAGAAUGGCACAUUCUACUUCGGGAGGUGAAUUACAGUUUCAGAAUAGUGGCAACAAGGAUUCGAAGAGACUGAUGAUUGGGUCGGUGGCUCCAACUUGCACAUACAACGAAUGCAGGGGAUGCAAAUACAAGUGUAGAGCAGAGCAAGUUCCGGUUGAAGGGAAUGACCCAAUCCACAGUGCAUAUCACUACAAAUGUGUCUGCCAUAGGUAAAAAAUUUGUAGAGUUACAGCCACCCUUUAAGUUUGAGGUUGGAAUUUUGGUUCAAUUGUGUGGAAAUUUAUCCAGAGCAAAUGAGCAAUCACCUGAGAAUUGAAAGUUCAAUGUUCAAAAUCCACAUUUUGCAAUCGGUCUGUUAAUAUAGUCUGCUGGAUUCUGGCAUCUGGAGUUAGUUUUAGAUGAGAUUUUUGUAUCUUUGUAAUCACUCAGUUUGGUCCAUUUUUUUUACUCAAUUUUCUUGUACUUUUGAUUAGAGAUAUAAUCAGUGAGAGGAUGUAGUUGCAUGAUGAAGAAAAAGAGAAGACAAUGGGUAAACUUACGAUAUGUUCAUUCCCAAAAUGAAAUUACUGUUUGUGAAUGAAAAACAAUGAAUGAUAUAUAAGAUUGUCUUUCCAAG